AUGAAAGCAGGAGCAAUUGGGUCCGGGUAUUUGGAUACGGAAGCCAUCCAAGCAGAUCCAUUCCUCCCUACCGGAAAUGCUCAAACGGAUUCACACAGACGAGUUGUUCACGGCCAAAGAGAUAGUUGGGCAACUGUUGUUGCGUUGGCAGCUUCUGCUGCCCUCCUGUACUUGGUUGUGAAGUGCAGCAUCCUGCUGGCCUCGCAUGAGGGGGUAUCUACCAGGGUGUUGGCGGAAGGUGACGGCAGGACGGGAGGACGGUGGAUACCUCUCACGAAUCCUGGUCCGAAUAGCGACGACGAAGAGUCCUGUGACGUAACAAGUGACCAACGGGGACGUCAGCGGCGGACCGUCGGAGGCCGACCUUGGUGGCAGUUUUGGGGGUCGAAGGGCGCCGAAUCACAAGGGCCAGCCCUUGGAGAAGAUGACUCUACCGUAGAAGGGCUUUCUCCAGGUCCUUCCUCGGCAGUUGCUGGAUCCGAUGGCAUGGAUAAUUCUGCCGGAAGCGCGCAUCCUACUGGGCCUUGGGUCCAACACACGACUGAUGUGCGGAUUGGAGACCGGUCCUCCCCUCAUUACACCGAUGCCGAUGAAUACUAUGGUUUUCCACUUCUUGGAAAUGAAGAAAGAUUUGGAGCGUUGCUGGGUGUAAUGGUGGAGGUGCAAGAUGCUGCGGCCGAUCUUUGCUCCCCUCACAGCGAGUCCUACACAGGUGAGGCUAUCAUCUUAAUAAGUCACUAUGAGUUGAUAGUCUCCCCAGCAGCAUGCUUGAAAGUGCAGUCAUUUAGACGCGAUACAGCUUGUGUAGUCGAAGAGAUGCUCGUGAAAACACUGGCGGAAGUUGAACAGCAAGGCAGUGAGAUCGUCACAGAGACAGUUGAACCGACGAUCCAGCUUUUACCAAGAGGCGAAACAACUCGACUGCAUUUUGAGCUUCCGAAGCCACCAGGAACGUUUCCCCCGGGCAGCCUUCUGCUCGAGGUCUUUGGUAGGUUCCACGGGAGUAAACUGGAAGCUCACCUUCUUCAGAAGCCAGUCAUUAAGUAA